AGUGCCUUGGAAGUUGGAACAAUGGACUUGGCUGCAGAGAUAGGAAGAAGUGUCAGGACCUCUUUUCGUGAGCAUGCAUUGAGUUUCAGGAGCACUGCAGAUGUGAGGUCUAUAAAGAAGAAUGAAGACGAAGAAGUUGAGCUGCAGUGGGCCGCCAUUGAGAGGUUGCCAACGUUUGAGCGCAUUAGGACUUCAUUGUUUGAUUGCAGCAAAGAUGAGAAGGAAGAUGAGGCUAGUAACAAGAGUAAGAUGGCACAGAUUGAUGUGUCGAAGCUAGGAUCAAUGGAGAGGCAUGUGGUCAUUCAGAAGUUGAUCAAGGAAAUUGAGGGAGAUAACCACCGGCUCUUGCAGAAACUCAGAGAAAGAAUAGACAGAGUGGGACUGCAACUGCCGACUGUGGAAGUUCGAUACCAGAAUUUGUUAGUAGAAGCAGAAUGUGAAGUAGUUCAAGGAAAACCUCUCCCAACACUAUGGAACACCGUUAAAAGCUUAUUCUCUGUUAUGACUCAGAUAGUUGGGUGCAAGCCUCAAGCAUACAAGCUAGAAAUUCUCAGAGAUAUCAGUGGCAUCAUCAAACCAUCAAGGAUGACUCUAUUGCUUGGCCCUCCAGGCUGUGGGAAAUCCACUUUAUUACAGGCGCUUGCAGGGAAACUUAACCAUUCUCUCAAGGUCCGGGGAAAUGUAACCUACAAUGGUUAUAAGCUCAAUGAGUUUGUUCCACAGAAGACAUCCGCUUAUAUAAGUCAAUAUGACUUGCACAUUUCUGAAAUGACUGUGAGGGAAGCACUGGAUUUCGCAGCACGCUGUCAGGGUAUUGGAAGCAGAGCAGAUAUAAUGAAAGAAGUCACCAGAAGGGAGAAGCAAGAAGGAAUUGUCCCAGAUUCAGAUAUUGAUACUUAUAUGAAGGCCAUUUCGGUAGAAGGGUUGAAAAAAUCUCUCAUGACAGACUACAUAAUAAAGAUCCUUGGGCUAGACAUUUGUGCUGAGACAAUUGUAGGAGAUCCAAUGCAAAGAGGAAUUUCGGGUGGCCAAAAGAAAAGACUAACAACAGGGGAAAUGAUGAUUGGUCCAGCAAGAGCUUUCUUUAUGGACGAGAUAUCAACAGGCUUAGACAGUUCCACCACCUUCCAAAUCGUCACUUGUCUUCAGCAAUUGACACACCUAACAGAAUCCACCAUCUUGGUUUCACUUCUUCAGCCAACACCUGAGACCUUUCAUCUGUUUGAUGAUAUUAUCUUGAUGGCAGAAGGAAAAGUUGUAUACCAUGGGCCUAGUGAUAAUGUGGUAGAGUUCUUUGAGAACUGUGGUUUCCGUAGCCCACCACGAAAAGGCAUUUCUGACUUCCUCCAAGAGGUGGUUUCCCAAAAGGAUCAAGCAAAGUACUGGUACGAUGAAGACCAACCCCAUGGUUAUGUUACUGUCGACAACUUUGUAAAUAUGUUCAAGGACUUCCAUGUUGGAAAGAAGCUAGAUGAGGAACUUCAAGAGCCUUUCAAUCGAUCCGAGUUCCAUAAAGAUGCUUUGUCAUUCAACAUUUACUCAUUGAGAAAAUGGGAACUCUUCAAAGCAUGCCUUGCUAGAGAAUGGCUUCUGAUGAAGCGCAACUCGUUUGUCCAUGUAUUCAAAUCAGCACAGCUUGUGGUCAUUGCGCUAGUAACAAUGACCGUGUUUCUUCGUACAUGGAUGAAAGUUGAUGAGAUCCAUUCAAAUUUCUUUAUGAGUUCUUUGUUUUAUGCUCUACUUAGAUUGGUGUGCAAUGGCACUGCAGAGUUAUCAUUGACUGCUUCCAGACUUGCAGUGUUUUACAAGCAAAGAGACUUUUAUUUCUAUCCUGCAUGGGCUUAUUCGGUUCCAUCUGCCAUCCUAAAGAUUCCAUUUUCAUUGAUAGACGCUUUUCUAUGGACAGCACUUACUUAUUAUGUCAUCGGUUACAGUCCUGAACCCGAGAGGUUCUUCAAGCAAUUCAUUCUUUUAUUCCUUGUCCAUCAAGUAGCAAUAUCACUGUUCCGUUUGAUUGCAUCCUUGGUCCGAAAUCCUUCUCUUGCAGCCCCUGUUGGUCUUUUCUCCUUAAUUGUAAUGUUUCUAUUUGGCGGCUUCAUAAUUCCAAAAACUUCUCUACCUAGCUGGCUGGAAUGGGGCUUUUGGCUUUCCCCAUUGGUAUAUGCAGAAAUUGGUGCUACAGGAAACGAAUUCCAUGCUCCAAGGUGGCAAAAGCUCUCAUCUUCAAAUAUCACAAUAGGUCAGCAAGCUCUAAAAGACCGUGGUCUUGAUUUCAGUGAAUACUUCUAUUGGAUAUCUAUAGGAGCUUUACUUGGAUUUUGGUUGGUUUUCAACCUAGGUUUCACCUGUGCUCUCAGUUAUUUAAAGUCUCCAGGGAUGAGUUCUCGAACAAUCAUUUCUCAUGAAAGGUUGUCUCGUCUGAAGGAAAAGGAAAGUCUAAACAAUUCCCCUCAAAAAAAAAAAUUAACUCGUAUAGAAACUCGAAUAAGAGUUGAAGAUUCUACAAAUAUAGGGGUCUUACCUUUUGAGCCCUUGACUAUAUCAUUUGAGAAAGUGCAAUAUUUUGUCGACUUACCCCAGAAACUGAGAGAGCAAGGUGUUCCACCAAAACGACUACAACUUCUUCAAGAUAUAACUGGUGCAUUUAGACCUGGAGUUCUUACAGCACUUAUGGGUGUUAGUGGAGCUGGAAAGACAACACUGAUGGAUGUUCUUUCAGGAAGGAAAACUGGUGGAAUUAUUGAAGGAGACAUUAGAAUUGGAGGACACCCAAAAGUCCAAGAAACAUAUGCCAGAAUAUCUGGGUAUUGCGAGCAAAGUGACAUACAUUCCCCACAGAUAACAGUAGAAGAGUCGGUAACAUACUCAGCUUGGUUACGUUUGCCAGCACAGGUUGAUAGAACAGUCAGAUCUGAAUUUGUGAGAGAAGUUCUACAAAUGAUCGAGCUUGAUGAAAUCAAGGACGAACUAGUAGGCGUAUCUGGUAGGGGUAUAUCGACUGAACAGCGCAAACGGCUUACUAUAGCAGUGGAGCUUGUUUCAAAUCCAUCCAUAAUGUUCAUGGAUGAACCCACCUCUGGUUUAGAUGCCAGAGCAGCUGCAAUAGUUAUGCGAGUGGUCAAAAACAUUGUCAGCACUAGGAGGACUGUUGUAUGCACCAUUCACCAGCCCAGUAUUGACAUCUUUGAAGCAUUCGAUGAGCUUAUUUUAAUGAAAAUAGGAGGACAGCUAAUCUACAGUGGAGCGCUGGGUCAAAAUUCAAGCAAGCUUAUUGAAUACUUUGAGGGUAUUCCUGGGGUUCCAAACAUCAAAGAAAAUUACAACCCCGCAACAUGGAUGUUAGAGGUCACCGGUCCUUCUGCAGAAGCUAAACUUGGCUUAGAUUUUGCUCAACUCUAUAGAGAAUCACAUCUAUGCUGGGAGAACGAUGACCUAGUUAGAGAACUCAGCUUUCCAGCAGAAGGGGCAAAGAAACUACAUUUUUCUACUCGCUUUGCACAAAAUGAAUGGGAGCAAUUUAAAGCCUGCCUCUGGAAGCAACAUCUCUCCUACUGGAGAAAUCCACAAUAUAACCUGGGAAGAUUGACAAUUACUGCUGCAUCCUCUUUGUUAUUCGGAGCACUUCUUUGGCAGAAAGGGCAGACAGUAGAUAAUGAACAGGAUUUUUUCAACAUUCUGGGAUCAAUGUUUGUUUUGCUGCAAUUCAUGGGAAUAGGAAACUGCUCCUCUGUUUUACCCUGUAUUGCUUCAGAGCGGAAUGUUGUAUACCGAGAAAGGUUUGCUGGAAUGUACUCCUCAUGGGCCUAUUCAUUUGCGCAGGUGAUCAUUGAAAUUCCGUACAUAUUUCUUCAGGCAGUUUUGUUUUCGGCAAUCACAUAUCCAAUCAUAAAUUUCCACUGGACACUUUACCAAGUGUUUUGGUAUGUCUAUGCCAUGUUUUGUACACUGCUCUACUUCAGUUACUUCGGCAUAUUGCUUGCUGCUUUGACCCCAACAUUCCCAGUGGCUAUGGUCCUAGCCAGUUUCUGUUACACCAUGUUCAACUUAUUCUCAGGUUUCCUCGUGCCUGGACCGAAAAUUCCUAAAUGGUGGGUUUGGGGUUAUUGGAUUUGCCCUGUAGCGUGGUCCUUAAACGGUCUUCUCACUUCACAGUAUGGAGAUCUAAACAAGGUGAUAGUAGUACAUGGGGAGGAAAAGACCAUCAGUGACUUCUUAGAAAGUAUUCAUGGGUAUUACUAUAAUGAACUAAAAUAUGUCGCAACUGUUCUUUUGGCAUUUCCACUAGUUUUCGCUUUUGCUUUUGGAGUUGCUACAGAGAAGCUAAACUUCCAGAGGAGAUAAUUAUGUCUUCCACUUACUGAAACUGCAUGAGUGGAGUGCAUGAACUUCCCUGCAGUUCACUACAAAGCCAUUGCUUUCAUACUU